CCCCUCGAGUGACGUUAGCUCUGUGUUUUCCCCGGAAGAGAAAGCUUCUCUGAAGUCUGGAUCAGAUGGAGGGGUUUUGCUGGGAAGGGUCAGGAAAAGAGAAGCCAAGCCAGAAUCUUUCCCUCUUCUUCUUUUGGAACGAAGCGGGAUUAGCGGUCUGAGCAGAGGAGGAGCUCGUUGCCCGCCUGUCCAACAAUUCUGGUUGUCCUAGGAAGUAUGGAUGGGUCAAAGUCACCUGCCUGCACCAUGCAGGUCAGCUUUGUUUGCCAGCGUUGCAGCCAGCCCCUUAAAUUGGACACGUCUUUCAAGGUCCUUGAUAAAGUCACCAUCCAGGAACUGACAGCUCCUCUGCUAACUACUGCUCCAGCAAAACUUGAGGAUGCACAUGAAGAAGAGACCACAUUGACAGAGGAAGUGUUUGUUGAAAACCGCCAGGAUGGCGUGUCCCGAAGAUUCAUCCCCCCAGCCAGGAUGAUGUCAACAGAAAGUGCAAACAGCUUCACUCUCAUUGGAGAAGCUUCUGAUGGUGGCACUAUGGAAAACCUCAGCAGAAGACUCAAGGUUACAGGUGACCUUUUUGACAUCAUGUCUGGCCAGACGGAUGUGGAUCAUCCUUUGUGUGAAGAAUGCACUGACACGCUUCUGGACCAGCUGGACACACAGCUCAACAUUACAGAGAAUGAAUGUCAGAACUACAAAAGAUGCCUGGAAAUCCUGGAACAGAUGAAUGAAGAUGAUAGGGAAAAGUUGCAGCUGGAGCUGAAGGAAUUUGCUCUCGAGGAGGAGAGGUUGAUUGAGGAGCUUGAAGAGGUGGAGCAGAAGCGUAAAACGAUGGCUGAAGACUUUGAGAAGGUCAGGGCUGAGGCAGAACGGCUGGAUCAUGAGGAAGCUGAGUACCAGAAAGAGUACAGUGAAUUCAAGCGGCAACAACUGGAACUGGAUGAUGAACUGAAAAGCGUUGAUAAUCAAAUGCGCUAUGCUCAGGCACAGCUGGACAAGCUAAAGAAAACCAACGUGUUUAAUGCCACCUUCCAUAUCUGGCAUAGUGGACAGUUUGGUACCAUAAACAACUUCCGUCUGGGCCGCCUCCCCAGUGUUCCUGUGGAAUGGAAUGAGAUCAAUGCAGCCUGGGGACAGACUGUGCUGCUUCUCCAUGCCCUUGCCAACAAGAUGGGCCUGACCUUUCAAAGAUACCGCCUUAUUCCGUAUGGAAACCACUCCUAUUUAGAGUCGCUCACUGACAAAUCCAAGGAGCUGCCCCUUUACUGUUCAGGAGGCUUACGAUUUUUCUGGGACAACAAGUUUGACCAUGCCAUGGUGGCAUUUCUGGAUUGUGUGCAACAGUUCAAAGAGGAAGUUGAAAAGGGCGAGACACGCUUCUGUUUGCCUUACAGAAUGGAUGUGGAGAAGGGCAAGAUUGAAGACACAGGUGGAAGUGGUGGGUCCUACUCCAUAAAGACACAGUUUAAUUCGGAGGAGCAGUGGACAAAAGCACUCAAAUUCAUGCUGACAAAUCUGAAGUGGGGUCUAGCCUGGGUCUCUUCCCAGUUCUACAACAAAUGACCUUUCUAAAAGAGAAGGAAUCUAUCCUGUAACAUGUUUGCAGUUUGUUUCAAAGAUGCCAAAGACAGUACUUGGCCUGCGUCAUCAGUACAUCACCUUACAAGACCAAAAAAAGUACAAAAUACUUUGUCUUAAUAUUUCAUUGUCAAGUAAUAUGAAGCAAGAUGGCAUGGUUGAAUUUUUAUCAGAACAAAGCCCACUUCUGCUGUUGGCAAAAGAAGUGGCUGUGUAUUGGAUAUUAGGGUGGGCUCACUUAAAACAGAAGGUGGCCUGCUGAAGCUCUCUCAGACUGCAGUAGUGACUUUACUAAGCUAUAAGAUUAUUAGUAUUAUGGUUUGUUUAUUACACCAAUUUGCCGUAGGAAACAUAAGAAUAAAAGCCGUUUGUAUUCUGGAAGAA